GCCUGUAUGCCAAUUCCAGCUAUAACUCUGGAUGAUUACAAAAACUGUGGUGAUCGCAAGCCUCCUUUUUCAUAUGCAACCCUUAUUUGCAUGGCAAUGGGAGCAAAUAGCAACAAAAUGACAUUAUCUGCAAUAUAUAGCUGGAUACGAGAAAAUUUCUUGUAUUAUAGAAAUGCAGAUCCAAGCUGGCAGAAUUCAAUUCGCCACAAUCUUUCACUAAACAAAUGUUUUGUGAAAGUUCCUCGAUCAAAAGAUGAACCAGGAAAAGGAGGGUUCUGGAAAUUGGAUCUCGAUCGACUUGAAGAAGGAAAACGUAGAAAACGUCGCAAUAACAGCAGCACCAAAUCAAGGCAUCGAGCGCGUAAUCAAACUACUGUGACACCUGUACCCCAAACUACUACACAAGUCACCACUCAGAUCUUACCAAAUCACAUUCCUUUUUUACCAGCAGAUGUGACAGAACGAAGCACCCUCACCUCUACCAUUACCUCCACUCUCUUAGAUCCUACUCCUUUUACAAUUGCAGAGGAAGAAUUGGCUGCAUUAUUACUGGCAAGUGAAGGAUGGGAUGAGGCACAAAUUGAACUCUUGGACUCUCUACUUGAUUCACUUUAAGUCAGAAAUUACAUUAAGGUAAUGAAGAUUAUCUUAUUCUGCUCUCUAUUGUAUAUAUUCUUACAAAAGAGAGAGAGAGAGAUCAAACAUAUUGGUUUUAGUAUUCUAAAGAGAACUUGAGAUACAAGAAACUAACAUUAAAAAUCAAUAAAAGAAUGAGUUGGGAUUGUUCAGAAAAUUCAUGUUUAAACCUGAAACAUUGAUUAUAAAUAACUUUAAUAUCUGGGGUACAAGGAGUAUUACCCGUAAUUUAAAAUUUUGCAUUUGUUAAUUUAAUACAUUUUUAUAUCAUUAGAUUUGUCAUCAAAAGUCAGAAUAAGUUUCAAGUCAAAAUAUUUGGUUCCUUUCUAUUGGAACCAAAUAUUAUGCUUUAAACAUUGUACUUACUUAUUCUUUAAAAAAUUCACAAUCAGGAACAUCUCAGACUGUCUAGCAUGCCUAAUUAUUGCAUUACUAUAAAAAGCACAUGCAUAAAAAUACAUUACAUAUUCCAAAUUCAUCACUUGUGCAGAAGUGAAUACAUUUUAUUUACAUGGACGCUUUAGACUCCAAUCCGUACUUUGAAAAAUUUUAUUUCAAACUAUUAACUGAAUUUUGUACAAAAAUUUUCUCUACACAUAUUCAUGAUAAAUUUAUCUCUAAUAAACAAAUAUCUUCAAUAUUUAUGAUAAAUUUGUUUCAAAUUCAAUUCACAAAAAUGUAAAAUACUGUCAGAUGUUCCUGCAAGCAAUAAAGUCAAUAAGAAAUCAGCGAAAUAAAAAUGAUUAAAAUGCUGAAUUAUCAUUAAAGAAUUUACCCUUCAAGGCAUUUGCUUUUGAUUAAAUUUAAUGUUACAUACAACUUGAUAUAAUGUUUUUAUUCACAUAAAAUUUAAUCAAAAGUAAAUAUCUUAAUGAGUAUGAUUUCGGAAUACAUACAACCUGAUAUAAUGUUUUUAUUCACAUGAAAAUCACAUAUUUCCAUUUUUAAUUCUUGAAGACUUUUUCCCUAAUGUAUAAUUCUUGUGGAGCAAUAAGUAUGAAGUUGUAAUUGUUGUUGUUGUAGCCUCCAUUUUAAAUGUACAACAUCAACACUGAGGAAACGUAUGGUACUGCACAUCUGGUGACUCCCUAGUUCAUACAAGAUGUAAAACUUCAACAAAAAACAAAACAAAACAAAAAAAGAAAAGGAGUUUGUAGUACGUUAAAUGUAAUCAAUG